AUGGCAAGACCCAGUACUGUUCAGUUAGUCCAGCAGCCAAAUGACAAUCAAGCAUGGGCGCCUCUUGUUCUCUCUCUUGACGGGGGCGGCGUGAAGGGACUUUCAUCUCUUUAUAUUCUCCGCGAGAUCAUGAAAAGAAUUAAACAACUUGACCUCGAGGACGCUCAUAAUGCCCUUGAAGAUCGCUCCAAUAAUGAGCUGCCUCUACCCUGUCACUAUUUUGACUUCAUCGUCGGUACGAGCACUGGAGGCCUUAUUGCAAUUAUGCUUGGGCGACUUCGAAUGGGAGUAAUCGACUGUAUUAAGCAGUAUCUCAUAUUUUCUAACUAUAUCUUCCGACCUCCGCGCUUGCGCUAUAUUCAGCAUUAUUCGAGGUGGAAAGUACAAGAGGCCGUCAAAGGAGUUGUUCGGCAAUUUUGUGGCUGUCACGGAGAGCUAGACAGGUGUACCGGCAGCGAGGAUCUUCGACAGUUCGACUAUUACGAGCGGUCUUCAGAUUCAGCGCGUGCCAAUAGAACGUGCAGAGCAGUGGUUUUAACUGUUCGCGAGGGUGGGACGACAACUUUUGACCCAAGGCCAGACGAUAAAGUUAUUUUAUUUCGAACCUAUAAUCAUCUGCCUCGAGACGCAACCAGUGAUAAGAAGAACCCUGCAGAAAUCAACCCGAGGGCUCUAGACCAAGCUCAAUUACAAAUACAUGAAGCCUGCUCGGCGACGUCUGCUGCCCCGACUUAUUUCAAACCCAUCAUGUUGUAUGGCCGCAAGUAUAUCGAUGGAGGCGUCCAAGCCAACAACCCUUCAACAUAUGCUUGGAACGAAGCAGUGCAAAUGGAACAUUACCCAGGCGGUAGUCAACUUUCAAUCAACAACCAAGUCCUAGGAGGUGGUCAGGCUCCCGCAGCACCUAACAGCAAUAUGCCAUAUGCUUUAGUCAGCCUUGGAACUGGUAUGACCGAGACGCAGCACCAAUUUAGUCUCAAAUCGAUGAUUUCCUUCGCAAUCAAGAAUAUCACCGAUACCGAGGCCGCCCAUAAGGAGACCAAAGACAGAGCUGCGAAUCUAUCUCGUCAUUAUUUCCGGUUCAAUGUUCCAUACAAAUCCCGCGAGCACGGGCACGGCGGCCUAGCUAAGGUCAGCAUGAGCGCUUGCGAGAAGAGUCGCAAAAGACCUUUGCGCAACGAAAAGGCGUCAACUAAUGAGAGUGCGCCUCAGCGACAAGGUACAUUGAAACUCACAGAUCUUAGAGCUCAAGAAGACCAAAGGAUUUAUGAGGAGGCCGAGAACGCCGAAAAAGGGCGGAAGGGUGGGUUCAAGCCUUCAAAAUAUCACUACAAAACUUUUGACGAGAUACGGAAGCAAACCUUGGAGUAUUGCGAUGGGAUUUCAGGGGAGAUUAACGAGUGCGCGAAUAUUUUGCGAAAGCAGAUGGUCAAGAGGAAAAAUGAUAAUGGUGCUUCUGGAGCCUCUUUUGUUGCCUUUCGCCAACAUCCAGAUCCCCAGUGGAAGGAUCCGAAGUCGAAAGGAGAUGUUUCGACUACAGGGUCUCAACGAAGCCGAAAAUAA